AUGUCCAGCCCGCCCGACGAUACCGACUUGGAUGCACUACCCGAGACUGAGAACGACUCAGGCACUUCUGGUUACAUCUAUGACCAACUGAUGUUUUACUAUCCACUUGACCCACCCCUCGCCAUGGUUCCUGUACAAUAUUCUACCCAUGAACCUAUGGGAGUGCCAAGUGAAGACUACGCAUUGGCGAGUCAAUGGUUUCAUCCCCAGCCGAUUGAUCGGAGCCAGCACACAAUGCAAUGCCCAUCUGCUGCAAAUGUCAACAACCAUGCUCAGGCCAUAUCCCCUGCAUCUCCCGACACAAUGGACUCUGUCCAGAAUCCCGAAGGUCUCAUCCCUCCGUCCACAAAAAAACAACUGUUGCAAGAACCUCCUUGUUCGCAGACCAUGAGCGAGAACUUCAAUAACGGCCAAAACCCCCGUGUCUAUCCUCAAAAGCCUCAACAAGAGUAA